UCCAAAAAAACUUUCGAAAUCAACCAUCUGUAGUUAGUUAUAAAAGAGAGGCAAAGAAAAGCCAAGGGAUGAAAGCAGCAGCAGCAAUGAAGCCACACUUUGUGCUGAUACAUGGAAUAAGCGGAGGAGCUUGGUGCUGGUACAAAAUCAAAUCUCUCCUGGAAAAUUCCGGCUACAGAGUCUCCUGCAUCGACCUCAAAUGCUCAGGGAUCGAUCCUUCCGACGCCAACAAAAUCCUCUGUUUCGAUGACUACAACAAGCCCCUCAUGGACUUCAUGGCUGCCUUGCCCGAAAACGAUCAGGUUAUAUUGGUAGGACACAGUGCUGGAGGGCUGAGCGUGACUGCAGCAACUCACAAGUUCGCGGAGAAAAUUAGUCUGGCUGUUUAUGUGGCAGCGACGAUGCUGCAACAUGGCUACAUGACUCCUCAGGAUCUUAAAGAUGGAGUACCGGACUUAUCAGAUUUUGGCGAUGCAUUUGACCUUGAAUUCGAGUCAGGGAAGGAUCAACCCCCUACGAGUGCUUUGCUGAAGAAAGAACUACAACGCAAAAUUGCUCAUCAUAUGAGUCCUGAUGAGGACUCGACAUUAGCUGCAAUGCUAUCUAGACCAGGACCGAUUCAAGCAUUACUAUCUGCAAAAUUUGCGGAGGAAGAUGAGCAUGUGACAUGUGAAGUACCUCGUAUCUACAUCAAAACAACAUAUGAUAGAGUUAUUAAACCGGAACAACAAGAUGCAAUGAUCAAGCGGUGGCCACCAUCAGAGGUCUAUGCAUUGGAGAGUGAUCACAGUCCCUUCUUCUCCACCCCGUUUCCGCUAUUUGAUUUGCUUGUCAAGGCUACAACAUCUCCUGCUGCUGCUAUGUAAACAAAAAACUUGGUCCCAUCUCGCUCUUGCAACUUUAGAAGAGCUAUCUUCUUCAGAAUACAUAAUUAUAGUUUCGUUCUUGUCAAAUUAGCAGUAAAUGAACUUCAACUUUUAUCAGAAAUGAACUUCAACUUUUAUAAUUA